AUGGCGGGAUCAAGUGCAUCUGAGAUCAUCUUUAUCUCUGUCAAUCGCAGCAUCACUUUGAUGGGGAAGGUGUGGCUCAUUGUGAUGAUCUUUGUCCGUAUCCUGAUCCUUCUCUUUGCCGGUUAUCCUCUCUACCAGGAUGAGCAGGAGCGAUUUGUAUGUAACACCAUUCAGCCUGGAUGUGCCAACGUGUGCUAUGAUCUAUUUUCUCCGAUCUCUCUCUUCCGCUUCUGGCUGGUGCAGCUUACCACCUUGUGCCUCCCCUACAUCAUCUUUAUCAUCUACGUGGUCCAUAAGGUCUCAAAUGGCCUCACCGUGGACUUGAGCACCUCGAGUCACUUCAAAACCUUGCCGCUGUUUGAGAUCCACCAGGAGCCAUUCAACAAGACAUCUGUAAACAAGAUGCCUCUGGUGGCGGAGCGGUGCUUCACAGGAGCCUACAUCCUCCAUCUUAUGUUCAGAUCGUUGCUGGAGGCAGGGUUUGGGGCAGCUCACUACUAUCUGUUUGGUUUCUACAUCCCCAGGAGGUUCCUGUGCCAGCAUCCACCAUGCACUACCCAGGUGGACUGCUACAUCUCCAGGCCCACUGAGAAGACCGUGCUGCUCAACUUCAUGCUCGGUGUGGCUGCUCUGUCCCUUUUUCUAAAUAUGUUGGAUUUUAUCUGGGCCGUCAAGCGCUCAGUGAGGCAGAAGAGCAAGAGGAAGAUGAUGGUGAAGAAGAUUUAUGAGGAAGAGCAAUGUUUCCUUUCAACCGGAGGAGCUUCCAGAGGAAUAGACCCACAUGUCUCUCUGGCUCAGCAGGGUCUAGAGGUAGAGGCUGGUAAAAAAGGGAGUUUCCGGAAGAGGCGAGGCAGCAAGGGCUCUUGUGGAGGGGGGGUGCUUGCUUUAGGGCAGGAACCCCCCUGCCUGGAGCACUCCUCUCUUCCACGCUCUCCAGGACCUCCAGGCUGCAACACCAAUGGGAACAAUGGUUACUCUGUUUCCCAAGAGGAGGCUCCGGAAAGGGAUGGCAGUGAGGUGGAUCUCUGCCCCCCAGAGCCAAUGGGGACACCCAGAUCCAUUCGUGUUAGCAAACGCAGCCGACUCAAACCGCCACCUCCGCCCAGACGGGACCUUGGGUCAUCCCCCGGUGGGACCAUCGGGGACGUUUCCACAGCAACAGCAAUCUGUACCAGAAGGGUGGGUCAGUAUACGCUGGUUGAGCUGGGCAGCAGUGCAGAGCUACAGACCAAUGACGAUGGGCAAGAGAAAAGAUCAGAGUGGGUGUGA